UGAGCGACUUUGUGGGGCAGCCGUGGCCUCGGCGGCGACCGCACCAGCGCGCGGGAGAAGGCAGGGACGCCCGCCGGGCGGGCCGGAGCGCGCGAUGGGGCCCGUGUGAGCGCGCCCAGGCCCGGCCCGGUGCCCGGCGGGCGGCAGCAUGUCCGCGGGCGGCAGCGCCAGGAAGAGCACCGGGAGGCCCUCCUACUACUACCGGCUGCUGCGGCGGCCCCGGCUGCAGCGACAGAGGAGCCGCUCCCGCAGCCGGACCCGGCCCGCCAGGGAGUCGCCCCAGGAAAGGCCGGGCUCCCGGCGCAGUCUGCCCGGCAGCCUCUCAGAGAAGAACCCCAGCAUGGAGCCCUCGGCCACCACGCCGUUCCGGGUCACGGUAACUAUCUCUGCGUCACCAUCGCCACCUGGCCUGGGGUGCCACUCUGCGACCCCGCGGGCCCCCUUCCUGGAACCUCACGGACCGGGAGAGCAUCCAGCCUCCCUUGUUCUAGGUAUCCGAUCACUCAGCUGCUCCCCUCUCUGUGGCUCAGCCUGGGGGCCACACGGGGGUCCCGUCCUGUGAGGGAGGGGGCAGACGGAGGACAGACAGCCCCGCAGCCACGGGGCCCAGAGCAAGCUGGCCGGGGAAGCGAGAGUCUAGCGCGAGCGAGGCCAGAUAAACACACCCUCACGUGUGCACAUGCACACCACGCUUCCGCGACUCUUAAGAUGCACGAUUUUAAUUUUUGCGUUUUAAUAUCUCUCACGUUGCAGUCUGUGGCGUGUCAUAAUUUAAUCGCUGUGUUUUUUCUUUCUUGGAGACCCAUAAAAUAAUGCUGCAUCUUAAAACUGAUGAGGCCUUAGAAUUGACAAAGCACAGCAUAUAUACUUCAGCUAUUGAUUUCAGUGGCCUCAUUAGCAUACACCUUUUUAUGACUAACCCGAACAGCUUUACAGAGACAGAACGCGGUGACCCUUAUCAUCUGACUCUCUGUGUCCCGCUGUGUCCUCGCCGAGCACGCACACUAUUGUAUGUUCCCAUGCGCCCCUCUGUCCAGUGCUCUGUCGGCCACUGGAGGCACAGAGAAGUACAGACAGGGAGAAAACAGAACACGCCGUCUCUUCCCCUGGGAGCUCAUGGUCUAUAGAGGAGACGGGUGGAUGUUUGAUCGAUACUUCAUCCAUUCCUUCAUCCAGCAGUGUUUAUGGCAAGCCAGCUGUGUGCCAGGCACCAUUAUUGGGACUGGGGCUGAGUGGGAGGAGGUGGCCAAGAGAGGACCUGGUAGACAUUCUCAUGCUCGAGCUACGUGCUGUGAAGAAAAGCAGGCUGCUGUGAUAGAGGACAACAGGAGGGCUUCCUUGAGGUGGUGUGGUCGAGAGGUGAUAUUUGCGCCGAGGCCCAAGGGAUGAGGCGCCAGCCCUAUGGGGAGCAGGGGAAAGAGGGUUUUGGGUGGAUGGAACAGAGAGGGCACGGGCCUGGCUGUCACCAUGCGGUGUGAUUUUGGGGCUCCAGAUGAGCUAGGAGUAACUAGCUGUUCCCUAUGCAUUAGAAAGGGUAUCCCCCUGGAGGCUGACUUUAUGAGCUGGGUCU